AUGGAUGAACGCAUGAUUAAUAAUGCAUUAGAUGAUGCUGACAUUUUUUCUAGUGACAGUUUUGACGAUAGUGAUAGUGAUCCAAUAUAUUGUGUUGAAAGUGAAAAUAAUAGUGAUUCUCAAGAGUCGUCAGAUGAUGAGAUUGAUGAUAAUCAAAUUGAGGAUCUAAUUUUAUCAACACCUAACAAUAGCCAAUCAAAUUGGAAAACUGUAACAGGUGCGAAUCAAAAAAUGUUUAACUUUAUGGGAAAUUCGGGGCCAUUAGUCAUUUUAGACGAGGAUAUGGGACCUAUGGAUUAUUUUAAAUUAUUUUGUACCGACGAAAUAAUUGAGUUAAUGGUCAUUGAAACAAAUAGAAACGCUCAACAAUUUUUAAAUACUCAACAAAUUACACGUGGUAGUAGAUUUUCAUUUUGGCAACCAAUAAACCAAAAUGAUAUGGAAAAAUUUAUGGGACUUUUGAUGUGGAUGGGACUCGUAAAAAUGACUUCGAUAGCUGAUUAUUGGAGCAAAGCUGAACGUUAUAAAAAUGGUGUUGCACCAAAAACAAUGAGUCGGAAUAAGUUUGAACUCAUUCUUAGGUUUUGGCAUUUUGAGGACAAUGAGACUGCUGACAAAGCCGAUCGCUUAUACAAAGUAAGAAAAUUACUUAAUAUGGCAAACGAAUUAGUAAAAAAUAUACAGAAACCUGGAGAGAUAAUUGCGGUGGAUGAAUCUAUGAUACCUUUUCGAGGAAGACUGAAAUUUCGGCAGUAUAUCCCAAAUAAAACACAUAAAUAUGGCGUAAAAUUUUUCAAAGUAUGUGGGACUAAUGGUUACACGUAUAAAAUUAUUAUAUACGAAGGAAAACAAUCUAAACCCGGAGAAGCGUUGAGUGAAACAAUAGUAACUUCUUUGUGUGAAAAUUAUCUGAACGAAGGGCGUACUAUUGUCACUGAUAAUUUUUAUACGUCUGUUCCACUAGCGGAAACACUUUUAAGGCAAAACACUCAUUUGGUCGGAACUCUUAGAAAAAAUAGACGUUUUUUACCAAAAACAGUGAUAGAAAAAAAAUUGAAAAAAGGGGAAAUUGUCGGUCUGGAAAACGAUUCUGGUAUAGUAGUAUCUAAAUUUAAAGAUAAACGCGACAUUCACUUACUUUCAGCGCGACAUCAAUUAAAUAUGACAAACACUGGGAAGAAAAAUAGGAAUCAUGAAGAUAUAUUUAAACCAGACAGCAUAUUAUUCUAUAAUGCUGGAAAAGCAGGCAUAGAUUUAUCGGAUCAGUUAGCGUCGUACUGCACUCCUAUGAGAAAGAGUGUUCGGUGGUAUCACAAGGUAGCAACAGAGAUAAUUUUAAAUACAUUUGUUGUAAAUUCUCAAAUUAUGUAUAAUGAACAACAAUUUCGAAAUAAACUCACCAUACAUAAAUUUCGUGAAGUGCUUGUAGAUAAACUCCUUGAAUUAAAACCUACAUCUUUACGUGUUUCAAAUUCUGAACAACCUCUUGAAAAUAGAUUUCAAAGACGACAAAUAAUAAAACAUAAACUCGAGGAGACAGAAGAAAAAUGUUCAAGAAACAGAAAAAAAAGAAAAAGGUGUACUGAAUGCUAUACAAAAUUUUCAAAAGAACUAGGAUACAAGGAAGCUUUGAACAAGGCUAAGAAAGUAACAACCUUUUGCAGUCUUUGCCCAUCAAAACCAUCGGUUUGCAUACAAUGUUUUCAAGACCAUUUAAAAAAACAGAAUGUAUGA